AUGGAUCCCAGCUUUGGAGCGGGGCGGUUCUGGGGCGACGGCGGCCAAUCCGGCACGCCAGCUCCUGUCUGGGACCCCUGGCCGCUUGCGGAGCUCUGGAGCAACCGCCCAGCGCAGCCCACGCCGACCGUGGGCGCGCCCCACGAGAACGACCCGGAGGACGCGCCUGGCGCAACCUGGGCACAGGAGGAUAGGCCACGACCUUCGGAGUCAGAAGAGAAGGAGAACGCGAGGCAAAGCCUCAAGAAGGCGACAAGAGAGGCGGAUCCUUGGCCGCGGGCCCGCGUGGACACUGGCAAGGUGCACCGCCUGGUCUCGCACAUCGAAAGGGAGGCCGCCGAACGAGGCGCGUGCCGAGAUGUGGGGCGAGCUGCGGAUCUCUGGGCCAACUGGGCGCCUGGGCGUGCGGAACUGGAGGGAGCUGCGGUCAGGAGCGAUCCGCGCGAGCGUGACCGCGACAGCCGUGGCUACCGGGACCAUCGAGACCGCCCUCACCGCGAUGACGGCCAUCACCACGACGACCGUCGCGAGCGACGCGAUGCCCGCGAGGGCGGCCGGGUGCGGCUGGGCAAAGACCUCGCGGAGAGCUGGAGCACUCGUGAAGUGCUACGAGCAUCCGAGCGCAACCUCGAGGAGUUCGACACGGUGCACGCAGUGGUGGCCUUGCACCGGAUUGCCAAGAGCACGGACUACGGAAACGCGCUCAAGGAGCCCCCUCUGGUGAGCCAACUAGCACGACUGGCGAAGAAAGCUGCGCUGAACGUGGCCCCGAGCCAGCAGGAAGUGCCCCACGUGAAGGAGGUGUCGAAAGCUUUGUGGGCCUUGGCCAAAGUGGGGCCUUGGGCGGACAGCAUGGAGGGCACUCGGCUCCCGGAGAACGCGGAGCGGAGCUGGAGCUCGGCGCAGAGGAGCCUGCAGGCCCUGGGCUCCACGGCUCUGGGACGGCUUUCUGAGCUGGACAGCCAUGGGCUUUCCAACGUGGCCUGGAGCUUGGCGAUCAGCCGGGCGAAGGGCGCGGAGCAGCUGGCGGCUUCGGCGCUGGAGAUCUUUCCGGAUUUCCAGGCCCAAGGGCUAGCGAACACUGCCUGGGCCAUGGCAAGGCUGCUGGCAGACGUGGAGGAGUGCAAGUUUGUGAGCGCCUGA